AUGCCUGCGACAAAGCGUCAAAGAUCUGCUGUUGCAGCACCGACAAUCGCCCAGGGCGUUGAGAGCCCAGCGCCGCCAGCGAAACGACGAGCGGUUCGGCACAACGUGAGCACGGCUGCAUUGACGAAUCCCGAACUCAACAAGGAUGUCCUAGACGCUCCGAAUGCAACACGAGCGUCCCCUGAUAGCGAUAUCAAUGAGGAUAUCGUUCCAGGCCAAGUCAAGAGGGAAGGGUCUGCUUCAGAAAGUCCUCUCAGCGAUGUGCCACCUAUCAGUGAAUUCUCAACCAAGAAAACGCAACAUAGGAAUUUCAAGAAAACGGAGAAGGGAAGCGAGAUGGCUGAGAAUCCUGUAAAUCCAAAGAAGGGCAAAACGUCAGUAAAGAGCGAGGAGCCCACGAAGACUGCGACUCCAGCAAAGCGUUCGAGAGGGUCAAAGGCUGGGUCAAACGAGGGCUAUGAUCCGGAAGAAGACGGAAACGAGGAAGAGGUCGAUGAGGAAGAAGUUAAAGAAGCUGUCUCACGGCCACCGCCAGUCAACAGCGACUAUCUGCCCCUUCCUUGGAAAGGCAGGUUAGGAUAUGCUUGCCUCAACACUUAUCUGAGGAACUCAAAUCCUCCCGUCUUCAGCUCGCGCACAUGUCGCAUUCAGUCCAUCCUCGAGCACAGGCAUCCCCUCACAGAUCCCGAUCAGCCGGAGCAUCCUACGAAGAAUCGACCAGAUCGCAGCAAGCCCGCGAGUGUUGAGCUUGGGCAGAAGUACGUAGAAAGUCUGUGCCUUGCCAACGUCAGAGAUAUUUCGAAGAUGAUACGGUGGAAUGAACGAUAUCACAUCCGAUUUCUACGGCUGUCUUCCGAGAUGUUCCCGUUCGCAUCGCACUCGGAAUACGGAUAUAAGCUUGCGCCUUUCGCAGCCGACGCUCUUGCGGAAGCCGGCAAGGUCAUCGCACAAUAUGGCCAUCGCGUCUCUACUCACCCUGGCCAAUUCACACAACUGGGUAGCCCUCGAAAACAAGUCGUAGAGACUGCUAUCAGGGACCUUGAAUAUCACGACGAACUACUGUCGCUGCUGAAACUUCCUGAACAGCAGAACCGGGACGCUGUCAUGAUCAUACACAUGGGCGGAAUGUUUGAAAGCAAAGAAGCCACAUUGCAAAGAUUUCGAGAGAAUUAUGCAACACUUGCUCAAAGCAUCAAGAAUCGAAUUGUUCUCGAAAACUGCGACAUGGGCUGGUCAGUACAUGAUCUGCUCCCGGUCUGCGAAGAGCUCAACAUCCCUAUGGUUUUGGACUUCCAUCAUCAUAAUAUUGUGUUCGAUGCGGAUCAGAUCCGGGAGGGCACGAAGGACAUCAUUGACUUGUUUCCUCGAAUCAAGGCUACAUGGGAUCGUAAGGGAAUUAAGCAGAAGAUGCAUUACUCUGAACCGACUCCUCCGGCUGUCACGAAAACACAGCGCCGGAAGCACAAUCCACGGCCAUUCACGCUUCCGCCAUGUGCACCAGACAUGGAUCUUAUGAUUGAAGCUAAGGACAAAGAGCAAGCUGUUUUCGAGCUGAUGAGGAACUUCAAAUUGCCUGGGUACGAUUCCUUCAACGACAUCAUUCCAUACACUCGCAAUGACGACAACAAGGCUGCUCUGGCCGCCAUGAACAAGAAGAAUAACGACAAUGAUGAGCCCGAGCCUGUUCUGAUCGAAGAAUACGAAGUUGGCAUGGGUGGUCCGGAAGGCAGAGUUUACUGGCCACCAGGUAUGGAAGAGUGGCUGCGACCUAAAAAGCGCGAAGUGAAAAAGAAAGAGCCAGACACAAAGUCGAAAGAACAGAUCAAGAAGGAAGCGACUGCGGCUUACGAAGCGCGGAAAAGAGCCAUCAAGGAGGAAGAAGAGCAGAGCGACGAGCAUGAAUCAGACGUCGACGCUACACCAGCAACCAAGAAAGCGAAAGCAGCAAUGCGCAAAAAGGUCAAAGCCGAUGCACAGAAAGCCGCUGUAAAGGAAGCCGAGAAAGUCGCAAAGGAUGCUGCGAAGACUGCCAAAGUCUCUGCCAAAAAGAAGACUCCAGUCAAGAGAGCUCCUGCGGCAGUCCCGACACCAAGUGACAGCGAAAGCUUAGCUGGUGACCUGAAGUCCGAAAGCGACGAGAACGCUGUUGAUGAAGACGACGAUGAGACACCCCCUGUCACGCCCGUACCGAAACGUCAGACAGCCGCUGGCCGACGAGGCGCUGGUCGCUCGGCCAAAGGUAGAGUGAGUUACAACGAAGAGGAAGACGAAGAUCUUUAG